AAUGAUUUUUAUAAUUAGCUUUAUUUUUAAAUUUGUUUUGUUUUCUGCUUUUUGGUUUUUAUGCGAAGCAUGGCCUAAAGCAAAAAAUGACAUAAUUUUAACUACAACAAAAAUGGUCGAAGGAUCAUUUGACUGUAAUUUUGACCGUUAUAUUCCUGAUCCAAGUAAACUUGGGGAUGGAAGUCAAAAAGAGGGGCAAAAACGUGUUUUUGAAUUAAAAGAUGGUGCUACAUUGUCAAAUUGUAUAAUUGGGAUAAAGUCUGGCGCUAAAGGCUCUGCUGACGGAAUUAGAUGUAUGGGCAGCUGUAAUAUAAACGAUGUUUGGUUUGAGUCUGUCGGGGAAGACGCUAUUACUUUUUAUGGUAAAAAUAAAAAUUCAAUUUAUCGCGUAAAAGGCGGUGGUGCACGAAAUGCGAAAGACAAAGUUUUUCAAUUUGAUGGAAUGGGAACUGCAUUUAUUGAAGAUUAUUAUGUAGAAAAUUAUGUCCGCCUAUUUCGUUGUUGUGGAAAUUGUAAAACACAAUAUCAACGCCACGUAGUCAUUUCUAAUCUGACAGCAAUUAAUGGCACUCCUGGCCAAUUUAUUGUCGGAAUAAAUUCAAAUUAUGGAGAUACUGCCAAAUUAAGUGGAAUUAAAUAUAACACUCCUGGUGUUCAUAUUUGUAAACGUUUUAACGGGGUUACUGGUGGUGAGGCAAAAUCUAGCGGAACUGGGCCUGAUGGAAAGAAUUGUCUUUAUAGUGAGAAAGAUGUUACUUUAAUUAAAAAAUAACAAUAGAAGUAUAGUUUAUAUGUUAUAAAAGCAGAGGUGGGUCGGAACAGUCAUAGGUGUCGGAAAUCGAAAGAGCCGGAAAUCGGAACUGACUCAAAAGUCGGAAUUCGGAAAUCAAAUUUUUUUUGGAAAUCGGAAGGAAUAAAACGUCGGAAAUCGGAAAUUGGAAUCUGACCCACCUCCGAUACAUACAUAGAACAUAUUUUACACUAGAUAAUUGUUGUCAUUUUGUAUAUU